AUGACGGACGAAAAUGAAGAAUUUAACAAUAGCAUUAUAAAUAUCAAAGACAAUAUUGCAGAAUUAGAAGUGGAAGAGCGGGAUAGUAUUGGUACAAAUACGCCUAAGAUUAUUACAAGAAUCAGAGAAACAGUGGUGAGUGAUGAGGAGUGGAGGAUUGUGAAAGGAAAGGGGAAGAAGAAACGACUGCACGAGGAUGAGAACUUAAGUAAAGAAGCAGAUAUCGAGGUAUAUAUUACAUGCAGUGAAAAACUGCCCUAG